CCGUCCCCGGAUUUAUAUAGAUACUAAAUGCUUAUCCUGCUGUUGGGCCAACUCGGCUCUAAUCCGCAGCUCUCCAGUCCCCUGAUUCCCUCCCCACACCCCCGCCCCCCGCACCCUUGAACAAACAGUCAGCCAUGCCUCCACCAACUGAGGAUGUGAACCGUGUUCACAGCACGAGCGAAAAGGCGGCCGAUGAUACGAUUGAUCGCGUCGUCGAUACCGAGGCCGACAGGGAUGUCGCGCGCUACACAGCCGGCGUCGAGCACAUCAUCAUUGGCGAAGAGCUCAACAAACAGCUGUUCUGGAAAGUGAACAAGAGGGUGCUGGUGAUCAUGUUGGGUACCUAUUUCUGCCAGUCUCUCGACAAAGGCACCCUGGGCUUUUCCUCCAUCAUGAACAUCCAGGAGGAUGCGAAUCUUGUCGGACAACAGUUUUCCUGGCUGGGAACGAUCCUGUACAUGGGCGUCCUGGUGGGUGAAUAUCCGACCAAUUUCCUGCUACAGAAGCUGCCCAUUGCAAAGUAUCUGUCCGUCAAUGUUUUCUGCUGGGGCGCAGUCGUAGCAUGUUCCGCGGCCGCUCAAAACUUCGGUUCAUUGAUGGCGGUACGGUUCCUUCUGGGGUUCUUCGAGUCCUGCGUCCAGCCGGCAUUCAUCAUCCUCACGGCGAUGUGGUACACGCGCCAGGAACAGCAGAUCCUGACGUCCUUAUGGUACUGCAUGUUUGGCGUGCAGCUCAUGGUGGGAGGUCUGAUCGCGUUCGGAGUCUCCCACUUCAACGACGGGCCCAUUAGAUCGUGGCAACUGCUCUUCCUCGUUUUGGGUCUUCUCACCUGCGUCUGGGCUUGCUUCAUUGGCUACUACCUUCCCGACUCCCCCAUGAAGGCUAAAUGCUUCGACGAAGACACCAAGAAGCUCCUCAUCGAGCGGGUCCGCGCAAACGAAACCGGUAUCCAGAAUAAGAAAUACAAGAAGUACCAGAUCGUCGAAGCACUGACCGAUCCGAUGGUGUGGUGCUACGUGCUCCUGCAGACGAGCAGUACGCUCAUCAUCGGCGGCCUCGGGGUGUUCUCGAACCUGAUCAUCAAGGCGUUCGGGUUCACGUAUCUUCAAACACAGCUGCUGAACAUCGCGCAGGGAGCCAUCACCAUCGCGAUCAUGAUCGGCAGUGCGACUCUGGCCACGAAAUACCAACAAACCUGCGCCGUCAUGUUGCUGUGGACGGUUCCGGCGAUCGUGGGAACAGUCGUGAUAAUGCAGAUCACGCCGAAUGCUAGUAACAAGGUCGGGCUACUGAUCGCGUUCUACUGCACGCAGUUCUUCCUGGCCCAGGGAAACAUGAUCUUCUCGCUGAUCUCGCGGAACAUCGCCGGGCAGACGAAGAAGAGUGUCACUCUGACCAUCACGUUUGUCGCCUGGGCCGCGGGCAACAUGACCGCCCCCCAGAUCUUCCAGGCCAGCGAUAAGCCGCGCUACAGGCAUGGCUUCAUCGCCCACCUGAUUCUGUACAUAUUCUUCAUCUCGAUGGUCUGUAUCUCGAGGUUUAUCCUUACCAGACGGAAUGCGGCGAAGAGGAGCGAUGCGGGCGUGACGGAUGUGGCGCAGGAGAAGAUUGAACAUGCACAUGCGUUUGAAGACUUGACGGAUCAGGAGAAUCCCGACUUUCGUUAUGCUUUUUAAGGAUGUAUGGAACGGACGGACUGGGGUGGGUGGGGUGGUAUUAUGAUGGGGGCUAUGUGGGAGGAAAACUUGUUGGAGGAUCUGCAAUUGCUUUAUUUCGGUGACGAAUUUGGCGGGUUAAGUUAGCG